GUAAAAACGUGUUUUUUUUUAUUAAUGAGGUUGUGAGUCGUUAAGUUUUUUAAUUAUAUAAAAAAAAUAACUGCCUUGUAAUCUUUUUUUGUUUUUUGUCACGUGAUUGGGCCCGCUGACGCGUUUCUUGUAACAACACGACUCAGUCGGGCUCGAGUGGCUUAUUUCCUUAUACGAGAACGGCCUUAACGGGGUCCUCGGCGACGAGAUGGGCCUUGGAAAAACACUCCAGUGCAUAAGUUUUCUUGCUCAUCUUAUAGAAAAAGGUGUGCAUGGCCCAUUCCUUAUCUGCGCUCCUACCUCGACCGUCGGAAACUGGGCAGCUGAAUUCAUAUCACGGGACUCCCCAGGAACGAAAGGCGAUUCGUCGAAAUGUGCUGAAUAUGCGCAACUUUGCGACACUUGCGGGAAAGCGCGGCGUUGUGCGUAACAACGGAAAGCAGUUGGACAUUAUGCCCGUCAUCAUAACAACGUAUGAGAUGGUGAUGCGCGAUCACAGGGCAUUCCAGGGCAUCCAGUGGCAUUACAUUAUAGUUGACGAAGUCGGCCACCGUCUAAAAAACCUCCACUGCAAGCUUAUCAAGGAGCUCAAGUCCUGUCCCUCCUCGAAUCGGCUUCUUCUGACUGGCACGCCCCUUCAGAACAGUUUGUCUGAGCUCUGGUCUCUCCUCAACUUUCUCCUUCCCGAUAUUUUCGACGAUCUGGACGCCUUCCAGAGCUGGUUCGACUUUGAUCUUCAAGAAGAAGGUCGUCAACUUUUUCUUGAGGAAGACACCGAGAAGUGGCUUCUGAGUCAACUUCACAAGAUUCUCGAGCCGUUUCUUCUCAGGCGGUUGAAGCAGGACGUUGAACAGGCGCUGCCCCUCAAGAGGGAACUCAUCGUUUACACGCCAAUGAGCGAUCUGCAGAAGCAGAUGUAUACCACUUCCCUUUUAGGAAAGUUUCGGGAAUAUGUAGAGGAGAGAGACAGAAAGGAUUCCUGCACUAAUCAACGGUUGUCUCCUUUGGGUGAUGCUGCGCUGGAAGACCGCAGAAAUCACGUGAAACCAGAGAGCGACGAAGGUCCAAUCAAGAGUUCUUGGAGAAAUAUAAAGUUGCAAAACUUACUCGUGCAUUUGAGGAAGAUCUGCAAUCAUCCUUAUCUCGUCGAGUAUCCGCUCGACCAUCACGGCAACUAUCUCGUGGACGACGACUUGGUGAAGGCGAGCGGGAAACUUGUGAUGCUGGAUCGUCUCCUGCCAGCGCUGCAGCAUCGGGGGCACCGUCUUUUGCUCUUCUCGCAGAUGACGAGGAUGCUCGAUAUUCUGCAGGACUACUGCUCCUUAAGAAGCUACAAGUACUCGCGGCUAGACGGCUCGCUAGCCCAGAAGGAAAGAGAGCGCGUGAUCUCCGAAUUCAACGAAGACGCGAGCAUUUUCAUAUUCCUGCUAAGCACGCGGGCAGGCGGGAUGGGCAUCAACCUCACCAGCGCAGACACCGUGCUGAUAUACGACAGCGACUGGAACCCCCAAUGUGACCUCCAAGCACAAGACAGGUGUCAUCGGAUUGGCCAGAAGAAACCAGUCUUGGUUUACCGCUUUGUGACGGAUAAAAGUGUGGAGAUCACCUUGCUCAAUCGGGCGCAAGCCAAGCGGCGGCUGGAAAAGGCCGUUUUUCACAAAGCCAAGUUUAAGGGGAAGUGCCUAGAUGAAGCGACCGAACCCCUCACUGCGGAAGAACUCAGCACUCUCAUAGAAGAAACAGGUCACGUGCGGGUGAUUUCCAGUGUAGACGAUGUCAUUUCAAAUCGAGAGUUGGAACUUUUAUUGGACCGCUCCGAAGGGUCCAAUUGUAAGUACGCAUGAGCCUUAUAACUGGCGUGAAACAUCGCCUUAUUAGGAAGUUGCGGUGCUCUUUUGCGACUGCAUUGUACUUCUAAAAAAGUUUAAAUACGGUUUAUAUGAGUGCUGAUUGGUUUAUAUAUGGGCUAAAAGCCGGGGGUGGCCAAUAUGAUAUAGUUUUCUUAUGGCUUACCCAUAUAUAAGCUGUAUACUACUAUUUUCUUAUUAUCUACAGAAACCUCCUCUACGGCUCCCGCGUUACAGACGUGUUAUCAAAGUUUGCUUUUCUUUAUUUUAUAACAUGAAUAUGUUGGAAUUUAUUAUAGUGAAUCCCAAGUUUUCCAAUGUGCUGUCCUCGUGGCUUGACAGUUCUGUAGCGAUUUUCUCAGUCUUUUCCUAUAAUAAAUAGAAAUUACUGAAUAGUCGCCUAAAGAAACUCUACCAAAUAUAAAUUCUUACAGAGUUAA